AUGCAAGGUUAUUUGAUUCCUGGUUACAACAGAGCUAGGGAGGGACUUCUGAAGCAAGAAAGAAGGCACCUAGAGACUUUGUUGGACAGCACAAAGAGCACAUGGGCUGAGAAGGGAGUCACAAUCUGCUCUGAUGGUUGGUCAGAUCCUCAGAGGCGACCAAUCAUCAAUUUUAUUGCUGUUUCUGACAAGGCACCUAUGUUCUUGAGGGCUGAUAAUUGUGAAGGUGAGUACAAAUCAAAAGAAUACAUUGCUGAAAAGUUGAAGGGUAUAAUUGAAGAAGUAGGUCGACAAAAUGUAGUGCAAAUCAUUACAGACAAUGCUGCAAAUUGCAAAGGUGCUGGUCUCAUAAUAGAAUCUGAGUAUGAUAACAUAUUUUGGACACCAUGUGUUGUGCAUACCCUCAAUCUUGCUUUGAAAAGUAUAUGUGAACCUAAAAUACGAGACAACCCUUCUGAUGAAGAAAUGGUUGUUUGGAGGGAACUUGAAUUUAUGCAUGAUGUUAAAACUGAGGCUGCUCUGAUAAAGAAUUUCAUAAUGAAUCAUGGCAUGCGGCUUUCAAUGUUCAAUCAGUUCAGCCGUUUGAAGUUACUUUCUAUUGCUGAAACAAGAUUUGCCUCUGUUGUAUGUAUGUUGAAGCGGUUUGUUGAUGUAAAAAUAGCCCUCCAACAAAUGGUGAUUAGUGACAGAUGGAGUGUGUACAGAGAAGUCAGAGAUGAUUCUCCAACUCCAACAGCCCAAAUUGUCAAGGACUUGAUACUUAGUGAUGUAUGGUGGGACAAGGUGGACUUCAUUCUUAGGAUUACUACUCCUAUAUAUGAAAUGAUUCGUAUAACAGAUACCGACACUCCAUGUCUUCACUUAGUUUAUGAGAUGUGGGAUUCAAUGAUAGAGAAAGUGAAGAAAGUUAUAUAUCGAUAUGAGGGCAAGCAAGAAGAUGAAUCAUCGGACUUGUACUCAGUUAUUUAUGACAUAUUGAUUGCUAGGUGGACAAAAGGAAAUAAUCCACUUCAUUGUUUAGCUCAUUCACUUAAUCCAAGUGUCAAGAGAAAUGCCUUAACUCUAGAGCGUGCAGAAGAUUUGGUCUUUGUGCACUCAAAUCUGAGGCAUCUGUCAAGAAGAACUGAAGCAUACAAGUCAGGAGAGACAGGGAUGUGGGAUGUAGGAGGGGAUUCUUUUGAUUCACUUGGUGGUAUUGGCAUUCUUGAAGUGGCUGACCUGUCCCUUGAUGAACCUGAAUUGCAAGCUGUGACUUUUGGUUUGGAUGCUCAGGAGGUUGAUGUUGUGGAAGACAAUGAGACAAAUGAGGAAUAG